AUGAAGAUUGAUAUCCAUAACCAUAUUUUACCCAAGGAAUGGCCUGAUCUAAAAGAGAGAUAUGGAUAUGAUGGAUUUGUCCAGCUCCACCACCACUGUAAGGGAGAAGCCAAAAUGUUGAAGGAUGGGAAAGUGUUCCGUGUCAUUCAGGAGAACUGCUGGGAUCCCGAGGCUCGGAUACGGGACAUGGAUAAGCAUGGCGUCACAGUGCAGGCCCUGUCUACUGUCCCUGUAAUGUUCAGCUACUGGGCAAAGCCUCAGGACACACUGGACCUUUGUGGGAUCCUUAAUGAUGACCUGGCAGCCACCGUGAGGCGAUACCCGAAACGCUUUGUAGGCCUUGGCACUCUUCCCAUGCAGGCCCCUGAGCUGGCUGUACAGGAAAUGCGGCGCUGUGUGCAGGAACUGGGCUUCCCAGGAGUGCAAAUUGGUUCACACAUCAACACCUGGGACCUCAAUGCACCUGAGCUUUUCCCUGUUUAUACUGCUGCUGAGGAGCUAAACUGUGCGUUAUUUGUGCAUCCAUGGGAUAUGCAGACGGACGGACGGAUGGCCAAGUACUGGCUGCCAUGGCUAGUUGGUAUGCCUUCAGAAACUACAAUGGCUAUUUGUUCCAUGAUCUUUGGGGGUAUUUUUGAGAGAUUCCCAAAGCUCAAGGUCUGCUUUGCUCAUGGAGGUGGUGCUUUUCCUUAUACGAUUGGACGAAUUGAGCAUGGUUUCAAAGUCCGGCCAGAUCUGUGUGCAACAGACAAUAAGAUCAAUCCACGUAAAUACUUAGGAUCAUUUUAUACAGACUCUCUGGUCCAUGACCCACUUGCUCUUCAGUUCCUCAUUGAUGUCAUCGGAAAGGAUAAGGUGAUGUUAGGAACAGAUUACCCAUUUCCUCUUGGAGAGCUUGAGCCAGGAACAUUGAUCAAAUCAAUGUGUGAAUUUGACGACACACUAAAGGAUAAACUCCUGGCAGGAAAUGCUCUUGAAUUUCUGGGUCUUGACAGGAAACAGUUUCAGUGA